AUGCAUAAAACUUUUGAUACAUCAGGACAAGGACCAACACUUAGAAAGAUAAAAACUUCGGUACAUAAUGAAAUUGGAUGUGAAGUUAGUUACAGGAAAGCAAGACAGAAAGCCUUGGCUAUCAUAAGAGGGACCCCAGAAGAAGGUUAUUCACUGUUAUCGGGGUACUUGCAUAUAUUGGAGCAAACAAAUCUGGGUUCGAGGACAGACUCAAAGUUGGAUGAGGAUAAAAACUCCAAAUAUUGCUUUCUUGCUUAUGGAACAGCUAUAGAAGGAUUUUCUCAUAUGAGGAAAGUAAUUUCUAUAGAUGGGACAUUAUUGAAUGGAAGAUAUGGUGGUGUACUUAUCUCAGCAUGUGCACAAGAUGGUAAUCAUCACAUUUUUCCAAUUGCAUUUGCUAUUGUUGACUCGAAGAAUGAUAACUCAUGGACGUAUUUUUUCACAAAGUUUGCUGAAUAUAUUCCUGAUAGUGAUGAUUUGUGCAUUUUAUCAGACAGACAUGUAAGCAUAACGAAUGUUGUUGCUGAUGUCUAUAAGCUUGCACAUCACAGAUUUUGCAUGUAUCAUAUUACUAUGAAUUUGCGGUCCAAGUAUGGUGAUUGUGAAAUUCUUUAUAAUUUUCAAGAAGCUGCAAAAGCAUACACAUUGGAUGAGCUCUCUGUUUAUUUCGAUGCAAUAAUGGAAUCAAAUGUGGAAGCUGGUUGGUACCUUGAAAAUUAUAUUGGGCUUGAGAAAUGGGCGAAAGCCUAUUUUCUUCGAAAUAGGUACAAUUUGAUGACAACAAAUAUUUCAGAAUCGCUCAACGCAGUUUUAAAGGUUCAAAGAAACGGUCCUAUUGUUUCUGUACUCAAAGCUAUCCAAGAUAAUAUGACUAAGUGGUACGUUGAACGCAGCGGCAAAGCUCAAAAUAGCAUUCAUUUCUUAACCCCUAAAGCUGAGGCGUUGGUUCGGGAUCAUUAUGUUGCCUCUUGUUUGCUAGCUCCUACCUGUUUAAACGAACAUGAGUUUCAUGUGCGCGGUGAUAUAGAUUUUUUGGUUAAUCUGGAGCAUAAAACAUAUACCUGCAAGGUCUUUCAGAUGGAUAAGCUCCCGUGUGAGCACGCGAUAGCAGUUUUGAAACUAACCGCAGGCCAAGACAUAUGGGAGGAGAUAUAUAUAAUGUGUGAUUCUAAGUACCUAAAUGAGACGUGGAAAAAAGCUUGGGAUAGAACAAUUUAUCCUGUUCCUCAUCCAAAAACAUGGAUAAGACGAUCAAAGGAAAAAAAAGUGGUUCAUCAGCCUUCCAUAAAAUUGCCAAAAGGUCACAAGAGAGAGAAUCGUGUUCCUUCAGUGGCGAGAAUUCAAAGAGGAAGAAGCAGUAGAGAAAUUUUUCAAUAUGCAGGCAAACAGAUCACUAUAAGACGAAGUGUCCUCGAAGAUAACUGA